AUGGUCCUUCGCCUGGAUCUUCUGCGCGAAGUUCAUCCAGUUGUGCCUCGACGAGAUCAGGAUGUAGCAGAUCUUGUGCUGGAGCCCGGAUACCGUGCUCCAGGUGGAAGCCCCGAAAAGAGCAGUUUUCUUUGUUGUUUUGGGCCAUCCGCUUACAGCAAGAACUUUCAGACAAAGUACAAACUUUUCUUGAGAGGAGGAUCUCAAAAAAAUUCAAAAAUUCUGGUUACAGCCUGUAACCAGAAUUUUUGUAACUUACAGGGAAAAAAAUUGACGGAAAUUGACCGGUUAGGAGAAGGUCAAUAUUUUGGUCGAAUCGGUGGAAACAGGUUUUCUUUGAUUGAUACGGUAGGUGAAGGCUUUAGGAAGGCCUCAAGCCUCUCGGCCAUUUUCUAAGCCCAAAAGGAGCAUUUUUUUUCUAGUCGAAUAUCAAGUUUUUUUUUUAUAAAAAGCUAUGAUUUUAAAAGUAAAAAGAAUUUUUUGAUGAAAAUGUUUUUAAUAAAAUUAAAAAUUGUUGUCCGAGCCCGGGCCGCCCGGCCUGACGCACAAGCCUGCUGAAAACUAAAAAAGGAGUCUACAGAUCGAAUUUUGGUACAUGUGCGCUCCAACGGGAAUGGAACAGCUUCUGGUGUGGAUUUACCUCGGACAUUGUUAACGCGAAACUGACGUGCUGCGGACGUUUCUGGGCACUUCUAGGGAUCACAUAAGAGUCUGACGCUACUAAACUGGUCACUAGAAAUUCUCUGACACGUCCGAUACGCGUCCGUUUCGCGUUACCGAUACCCGAGUACGUUUUUUUGUUCAUUAAUUCAUCAAAGUCAUUGAAUUGAUCAUCCAUUACAAUCGCAGCUUGGAUAAAAAGUUUUUCACAGAUUUCUCUGAGCUGAUUUUGUAGCGAAAGUUAAAAUCGUUUUUUUAAAAAAUUUUGAAUUUUUUCGAAAAGUGCCGUCUUUGGAAAAAAAAUCCUAUCGUCAAUCUAGGAAUGAUAGUUCAAUGGAGAAAUCUGUGACCGAUCAAGCCGGGAUCAAAUUUCAUCAGCCCUGUGGCCAUUUCUCAUUCAUUUUCUCAUUUUCCUUUCUUUUUACACUUUCAAGGAUCAUUUAUGUAUUUUUUUCUCUUUUUUUAAUUUUUUUUUUCUUUAUCCGUCAUAUUUUAAUUACUAAAGUAUGUAAUGAGACUAUUGAACCUUUAGUUCCUAUUUCAACUUAGCGACAUAGUUUCUUGUUUUAAUGAACAUGAAAUAUGAUUUCAAAAAAGUUUUCAUUAUUUGUAUUUCAUACUCUCUUUUCAGCUUCGGAAAGUUUCAAUCAAAUGAUAAAAUAAGUGAACUAUGUCGUCAUUUCCUGUAAAAACUAUUAUUAAACUAUAAUAAAUUCCACCACUUUUAAAUAGAUGUCUUCAUUUUUGAAUUUUCCUUAUAUUCGCUUAAUGGAUAGGUCUAUUAACAACUUAAUAAUGAAAAAGAAGCUUCAGGGAGGGAAAAGAAAUUCGUUUAAUGAAAAAUUUCAAUUUUCGGGUAAUGGUAAGAUAAGAUGAUGCUUUGCAGUCAUUGAGCUCUUCUACAGAGAAAUUUGAAUAGUUUUCAGUUUUUUUAUUUUUAUGUUAUAACCAAAAAGUUAUGAGUCCCCAAUCGGGUUACUGUAACUCUGGCCAUGACGUGAAUUUUGAGCGAUUUCUUUGACAAAAUCUUGUUUUUCCGUCAUCCAACUGCUAUUAUCUAAAUAAAAUGCAAAAUUGAUUUUUGAUUUCGUACCUGUUUUAGUUACAAAAAAAACGUGAGAUUUUUUUGAUGUUCAGUUUCGUUGGAUUCACUUACAAGUAAGAAUAGCUGCCGAGAUAAACGCGAGUUCGUCAAUGUACCGCCAGCGUCUCAUGUUUAUCUCGCGAAUUAUUCUUAGUUAGGGUUAUUUGAAUAAGAUGAUCAAAAUGAAUAUUCGGCUUACUACAUUUUUGCCUUUUAAGACCUAAACAUGUUUCUUAGCUUUCAGUUGGACUCAGUUUAGCCUUGAAAGUAAUUAUCUAUUUCUACAAUUCUGAAUUCCUGUUGGUUAACUGUCGAAUUUUAUUGCUGAUAUCCUUAGCUUUCAAAAACCAUUUCUCAACCGUGAAUCUAACUUUCUGAAGAACUAUUUUAUAAAUGAAACUGUUUUGAGAUUGUCAUGUUUACCGAAUCUGUUUUUUUAGCUUUGUUAAUUCAGUUCUCGAUCAAAUUCUCUCUGGAUUUAAAGAUUUUUGAGCUUUGUAAAUCAGUAACUUCAAAACCUAGUAUAACCUUCUUUAAAAUCUGUAUCGAUUUCAUUGAACUUUGAAAAGAUUUUUAUCGAGCAUGUAGCCUACACAUUCGGCGCGCCACCUACAGUACCCACUGACGUCGUCGGUCGAGCGUCUCAGACGACCGCCCACCUCACACGACUCCUUAUAAGUUAGAGCCUCUGGCCGGUCUCAAACCAACUUCUCUUGCUACCUUUCCAACCUUCUCUUCCUUCUCAAGAACCUCAACAUGUCCAACUACAAAAUUCUGGCGAUUCUGGCGAUUGUCCUUGUGACGCUGGUGUCCGUCGAGGCGCAGCUCUUCGGGGGCUGGAGCCAGCCUUCGUGGGGCUACUCGGCGAGCGGCGUCGGCGUCGACUCCAACGGCAACACCUUCGAAGGCACUCCUCAGAACGGCAUCUACCUGUUCUGCAACGGCCACGGAUGUCCCGGACGUGGUCGCAAGUAA